AUGUGUCCCUGCCCAAGCACUGUGGGGCUGUGGGUGGCACCCUCCAGCGACGGGGGGCUGAGGCAGGGCCCCCUGCGCCUGCUGGGGCUGUGGGUGGAUCCCUCCACCCAUCCGGGGGUGAAGCGGGACCUCCAGGGCCUGGAGGACAAAGUUCAAAGGAUGCCGCCUUGGAAGUACCUGGGCCUGGAGAUCUCCGUGCGGACCGUGGUUCCACAGAAAUUUGAAAUCAUUAGUAAUCCCAAAACUCUAGCGGAUCUCCAUUCCCCUGUGCUGGUCCUUGAACUGGGUGAAAUCACAGAAGGGAAUCAGAAAGCUGAUUCCCUUGCUGCCCCAGCCGAAAAGCGUCUCCUGCAGCAGUCGGGAAAAGUGGGAAGAACCAGAAGAGAGCUGAAGUGGAAGCGGGCGCUCGGAGGUGCCGGGCUGCGCUCCCGUUUCCCCGCCCGGAUCCCGGCAGGACUGGACCCCCCGUUUCCCCGCUGCCGCCAGGAGGACGCCCGCGGGCAGGUGGCCCUUUCCGCCUCGCCCGCCGACCGCUUCGCCUGCGACCCCGGCACCCGCUUCAACGCCCCGGCGCCGGGCAAGAGCUGGGUCGCCCUGAUCCCGCGGGGAAACUGCACCUACAAGGACAAGAUCCGCCACGCCGCCGCCCAGAACGCCUCCGCUGUCGUCAUCUAUAACGUGGGCUCCAGCAACGCCAACGAGACCAUCACCAUGCCCCACGCAGGCUUAGAAGAUGUUGUAGCAAUAAUGAUCCCUGAACCGAAAGGGAAAGAGAUAGUGAGCCUCCUGGAGAGGAACAUUACUGUGAUGAUGUACAUAACCAUCGGGACACGCAACCUGCAGAAGUACGUCAGCCGGACCUCGGUGGUGUUUGUCUCCAUCUCCUUCAUUGUGCUGAUGAUCAUCUCCUUGGCAUGGCUGGUCUUCUACUACAUCCAGAGAUUCCGCUACGCAAAUGCCAGAGACAGAAAUCAGCGCCGGCUUGGAGAUGCUGCGAAGAAAGCAAUCAGCAAGCUGCAAGUCAGGACGAUCAGGAAAGGUGAUAAGGAGACUGAGCCAGACUUUGAUAACUGUGCUGUUUGUAUCGAAGGCUACAAGCCCAAUGAUGUUGUCAGGAUAUUGCCUUGCAGGCAUCUUUUCCACAAGUCCUGUGUAGACCCCUGGCUGCUAGACCAUCGUACCUGCCCGAUGUGUAAAAUGAAUAUUCUAAAAGCUCUAGGGAUACCGCCAAAUGCAGAUUGCAUGGAUGAUUUACCUCCAGACUUGGAAGCAUCCAUAGGAGGACCACCAACCAACCAGAUCACAGGAGCCAGUGACAUAACUGUGAAUGAGAGUUCAGUGGCUCUGGACCCUCCAGCCCGGACCAUGGGAGUGCUACAAGUCAUUCAAGACGCAGACUUCUUUCCCCAGGCUGUUGAGGGUAACUUCACAACAAGCAAUGAACAGGAGCCAGCAGUCAGCAGUGAUUCAGAUAUUUCAUUGAUCAUGGCAAUGGAGGUUGGACUGUCUGAUGUGGAGCUCUCCACUGAUCAAGACUGCGAAGAGGUGAAAUCUUGAAAAAUAGAGAUUCAACACUAAACUACAGGGGAGGGUCACAGGUAGGGACUCAGUCGGCUUUCUAGGAUUUGGACCAGUCAUGCACAUGCCUCCAGAGCACUGUCACUCCUGCACACUCCAUACUGAGAUGGUAAUGAAAAGCAAUAGCAACUGUUGUAUCUGCCUGGAUGUGGUUUCAUCAUCUACACACCUUCGUUUGGUUCACAUGGGAGAUGGAUACUUCCAGUUUACCCACGUGCUUGAGAGCAGUCAUGGAACUGUCCAGGGAACUGUCAUUGCAACUGUAAUGACAACUUUAGUGUUUUCUACACUUGUUCAAUCAAAUUUUUGUUGGGUUUUUGAAAAGGCAUAUGUUUAUUUUAUUUGUUUGUUUGUUUGUUUAUAGUUUGUUAUGAUUGGACACUCUGUUUUUAUUGACUGAUCCCAGCUUUUUCAAGAGUUCAGUCCAGAAAUCUGAACCUGUUCACUGGUCACUUCAUGACCUGACCAGGAUUUAUCAUUGCUUUGUUGUUUCUGCAUGAAUUACAUGUGGCUGGCUUCAGAAGGAUGAUGCACCAGCACCCUGCAUUAAUGUAA